CACUGGAUAAAUCAAAAAUCAUACCACAGACCUGAUUCUCUUGUUGUAUGAUCCAGUAUACUACUAGGAUACUAAGGAUACUAGUAUCUCAGCUGAGUCAACAUGGCAUCCAAGGAGAAUGUAGUGAUAAUAGGUGGUGGCCUGUCUGGAUUGGCUGCUGCUAGUAAACUGGUCAGAGAGGGGAAGGAGCUGUUCACUGUGUCCUUACUGGAGGCUAAUGAUAGACUAGGAGGAAGAAUACAGUCUAUAGUUCUACCAGACGGGACAAUAGUACCAGCGGGAGCCACUUACUUCCAUGGGACUGAAGGUAACUCAGUUUAUGAGUACUACACCAGUCAAGUAAGGACUGGAGGGAUGGAUCUUAUCAAUGAAGAAGAUAUGGAGGGACUUUAUGUAUCCAGCAACGGGCAGCAGCUUCCCCCGGGUCUAGUGGAGGAAGUUGAAACAUGUUACGAGAAGUGUGUUGAUAAGGAGGCCCUCCUCUCCUGGUCGCUGAGUAACGGAAGGAACAGGAGCAUGAGGGAAUACCUAGAGGACCGACUCUAUCCAAUGAUAGAGGGAGUGGUUAGGGAGGCUAGUGCUGAUGCUGAUCCUUAUAGAAUACUGGAGUGUUUCCUGUCAGCUGAAGGAAUCAGUGAAGGCUCUAAGUAUGUACGUGACAUCAGUAUCGAGUCUUACAUUAACUGGGAGUGGUUGGAAGGAGGGAAGAGUGUCUUUACUGACAGUAAUCCGUUUCAAUCGGUCGUCAAGUCACUAGAGAAAUCACUGCCAAAUGAUGCAGUACAUCUCAACUGUAAAGUGGAACGCAUCAGCUGGAACAAUAAAGACAUUAUCGUAUCUUGUACUAAUGGAAGGAGUUUCACUGCAAAGCAUGUCAUCAUUACAGUUUCCCUUGGAGUUCUAAAGGAGCUAGUUCAUGACUCAUUCUUUGACCCACCAUUGCCGCUCGACAAGGUAAAGGCUGUCAAUUGUCUUGGAUAUGGUCUUGUUAAUAAAAUAAUUCUUCAAUUCGAGAGUCCUCUGUUUGAAGACAAGUACUUCAUUCUACGUUUAUGUUGGUCUGAAAGAGACAAGGAGAGAGAUGUAGUUAAAUUGAAUCCGUGGUUGGCUGGACUCCAUCAAAUAGAACAUUAUCCAACUCCAUCAUCACACGUGUAUGUGGGUUGGGUUUCAGAUGAAGAUGCAUUAGCAGUUGAGAAAUUACCGAGUGGAGCUUUAAAGAAUACUCUGAUCUUAGUUCUCAAGUUGUUCCUUGGGAACUCCAUUCCCAGUCUAUUGAAUGUUGUAUCCACCAGUUGGUCCAAUGAAUACACUUGUGGCAGUUAUUCUUAUACUCCAGUAUCAUGCCCAGCCUCUCUAAGAGAAGAGUUGUCUUCUCCAGCUGACCCCAAUCUCAAGUUAUUGUUUGCUGGAGAAGCAACUUGUACCAGGCAAUAUUCGUGUGCUCACCCUGCUUACGAUACUGGCUUAAGAGAAGCUGAGAGAUUAUUAAAACAUUAUAAUAAUAACUGUAACAAGUUUUAAUUUUUAGUUUUAAUUUUUA